UGGAUUUAGUCAUAGAGAAUCCAACAUGGGCGUUCCUUUUUGUCGUCUGCAAAGUGUCAAAUGCUUUGCGUUAUUUAAAGAUGGACGGGACUAGUGAAUAGUAUGUAAAAAUAAUUUAUUAUCGGUACAAAAGUUUUGAAACAAAGAUCUGAAUUAACGUACGUUGUUUAAUGAGUUUUUGUGAUUUAGUUAUUUCUAUCUACGAGAAACGACAAAUAUACAUUUCUUAUGUAUAAUAAUUAAUAUUCGCAAUACAAUAUACACAUACACAAAAAGGAUUCAAGCUGGUUUAUAUAUAUCAAAAAAUUCUGUGAUUGAACUAUGAAUUAUUAUUAAAUAAAUCAUCAUAUUAUUGAAACUUCAUAAAUCUAUACGCAUUGAAGAAAGAUAUAUCAAAUAAUUACUAUAUAUCGAUUAUUGAAAGCAUCGAAAAGAAGGUUAUGCUUGUCGUCAAGUGAAAAAUUUUAUGUGUAUGCGUAUGUGUAUAUGCGUGCGUGUUACUAUGCUAUUUAUUCGCUUUUAAAUGAAUAACGAAAGAACAACAUGCCGAAUUAUUAAUAAUAUUAUCUGUUAGAAAUAAGAUAAUUACUAUUUUAAAUUAUCGUGUACCUGGAUGUUCGAAUUAACUAAUUUGGUUUAUCUAAGAUAUAUAUAUAUAUACAACAAUAUAUAUAUCUAGAAAUCAUUUCUUUUUGAUCUGAAAAGAAGACACUGAAAAUUUUGACCAAUUUGUAUCAACUUCGUAUAAGCUGAUUUAAAGAUAAGAAAAAGAUUGAAAUAUAUUUGUAAAAUGUCUGGAAACAAUGCAAUGACAGUGGAUACGCUUAGAAGUGGGAACAUACACAACCGUAAUUCAACAAGAUCAACACUUUUGAAAGUAGUGAUUUUGGGUGACGGUGGAGUUGGAAAGUCUUGUCUUAUGAACAGAUUUGUUUCCAAUCAUUUUGACGAACACAAUUUUUAUACCAUCGGUGUAGAAUUUUUAAACAAGGAUAUAGAAAUCAAUGGCGAAUCUUAUACUUUACAAAUAUGGGAUACAGCAGGACAAGAAAGAUUCAAGACUUUGAGAACUCCGUUUUAUAGAGGUUCUGAUAUUUGUCUUUUAACUUAUGCUGUUGAUGAUAAAACAAGUUUUAAGAAUUUAGCUCUGUGGAGAUCAGAGUUUCUUUAUUAUGCGGAUGUCGAAGAAGCAUCUACAUUUCCAUUUAUAGUUGUGGGAAAUAAGGUGGAUGUUUUGGAAUCGGAGAAACAAGUAACUACAGAAGAAGCUAAAGCAUGGUGUGCAGAAAAUGGGGAUCCACCACUGGUAGAAACGUCUGCGAAGGAUGCAACUAAUGUAGAAGCAGCUUUUGCAGCAGCUGUUGCUGCAUGGGCACGACUGGAAGCUAAAUUAGAACAUCCGAUAGUUGAAGAUACCGUCGACCUUUCCAAACAACUGUCUCCACAACGUUCCAGUUGCUGUAUGCCUGUUUCCAGUGCUGAAUCUACAUUUGUGACCAGCUAACUGAAAUGGGUUCUUAUGAAGAUAUAGACAUGAUAAGAAAUAUUUAUGAUACGAAUCAACAUUUUUGGAAGGAACACUUUAGAGUUUCUUUACAAUUGGAAGGAACAUAAUGCGUCUCAAAUUGAACUAAUUCCUAAAAUGGUGUUUAAACUAUAUUUAGGAUGUAUAAGGACAUUGUACCAAAUAAUGUCUAACAAAAUAAUUUGAAGAGAAUCUUGCCCAGCCUUCAAUACUCGGUUGUUAAUUACGAGGCCAAUAUUUCAAAUAAGCUGGAAAUAAAUCCACGAUGAUCAAAUAUUUCGGUAUAAUGUUUCUUGUGUGUUAUAUAUAACAAUUUUUUAGAUAUUCUCUUAAGAAAAAUAUUUAUGUUAUUAAAGUUUAUGCACAAAUCUUAUUAACAGGACUGUUAGUUUUAAUUUGCUAUUAUUAUAGUACGUGCUCCGUAUAUCAUUGAGUAUCUUACAUACAAAUUAUUAAAAAAUAAUUCACGUAUAAGAUACGUAUUGCUAGAAUAUUGAAAAAGAAAAAGAAAAAGAAAGAGAAAGAGAACAAGAAAAAAAAAAAGAAACAAAAGAGAA